AAGCAAAAGAAAUUUGUUAUAAUUGAUGUCAGAAAAUGUAUCACUCCACAGUUACAGUGAAUCACCCUCGGGAAAAGUAUUGCAUCAUCACUGAUGAGGGUUCUUGGGUCUAGAGAAGACAAAUUACUUUUUUUUUACAAUGCCGAGGUCAUUACAUAAAUAGUUCUGGUUAUACUCACUCUUCAUUAAUUGUGUGAAUAAAAAGAUUUAAGCGUUCAUAUGCCAAGCACUGUGUCAACACAGAACUUUAGAGAACAAGUUUUAGGGUUUAGCUGGAGACCCCAAGUUCAUCCCUGUAGUGAGAGUUCUCCCCAAGGUAAGAUUCAGAUUUAGCUAGUCUCAAACUGGAUAAUAGGCCUAAAAUAAUACUGGUUUAGGUAGAGACAGCAGGCCUAAACAAAUGCUAAAAUAUCAUUUUAUCCUAGUAGUUUCUCCCAUUGUUUCAGAGACUUUUCCCAGGAAGACCCACUCUUGUGUAGAGACCACCCUUUUAGUGUCCAUUGUCAGUAGACCUGGGAGGAAAGCACUGAAAUCCGUUUCCUUAAAGUGGUUUAAUAGUUCUGUUUUUUCCAGUUUAACAGCUGUUAAUUGAUUCCCAAAGUUCUUCAAAGCUCCCAGUCCAUUGAGAUAACCAAGCUUUAAUGUUUGUAAACCAUAAUUUGGACCUUAUAGUAAUAGGUAGGUGCUAUUAUUCUCAUUUUGGAGAUGAGGCAACUGAGGCUGAAGAAAGCUGUGUGACUUUUGCCCAGGGACACAAGCUAGGAAGUGUCAGAGACCGGACUUGGAACUCUGGCCCUGUAGUUCCCAGUCUGCCUCCAUAGCCACUGUUUUCCCCAAGAAUGAAGUUGGUGUUAUGCCCGGCAGUUUGGGACUUUAAAAAGCGUUAGUUUGCCUGGAGACGGAAUCCUUCUGAACUUGUGAGAUGUUUCCUUUAAAAUUUUAAUUUAAUUUUGAAAAGACAAAAGUGAGAAGAAAAAGGAAAGGUGCGAAGGAAGGUGGCAGGGUAAACCCUGCCUAACCACUCAGCAACCGCAGCUUCCCGAGGGCCUCUCGCGGGGCGCUGCUGCAGGCCUCCGAGAGCGUGGGGCCGAGGCGGAACGGCCCUUGGCCACCCGCGGGUGUGGCGCGCUUAGGAGAGCUGGAGCCCGCAGUCAGGUGGACCUAGGUUCCACUCACGUCUCGGGCCCUCCCCCUGCCCCAGCCCCACCCCCCAGCCCGCUGCCCUGGAGCCGUCACUACGUUCCUCUGGGCCUCAGUUUCCGCCUCGGUAAAACAAGGGGCCCGGGCUGCUCCGGGGCCCUUCCCACGACUCGUCUUCCCGGAGCUAUUUUGGCUUUUCACCUCUCCAGUCCAGCCCACUGGGGUUUAUGAUUUCUGGAGGCGGAGGAGGGAGGGUCCUUGGCACCGCCCUCAGCCCCGGCCUGGAGGCGGGAGACUCCAGGCUCAGCGGCUCGGAGCAGCCCUGGAGAGGGCCCGAGGCCCGUCGGGUCCCGCCCCGGGGCGGGGGGACAGCCGCCAGCCCCGUGGCCAAGGCUCUUCCGCGCCGGCAGGGGCAGUAGCGGGAGCGGGAGCGAGUGGUGCGGAGCCGAGGAGUGCUGUCGCCGUCGCUGUCGUCGCCGUCGCUGUCGCUGCCGCGGCCGCCACCGUUUGGAGGCGGCUGCGAGGGCGGGAGAGAGGGAGGGAAGGAAGAAGGGAGGCAGCGCCGGCGCCUGCGAGGCGAGGCCCGGGGCCCAGGGCCGCCAUCCCCGCCGCCAUGCCGCUGCUCUUCCUGGAGCGCUUUCCCUGGCCCAGCCUCCGCACCUACACGGGCCUCAGCGGUCUGGCGCUGCUGGGCACCAUCGUGAGUGCCUACCGCGCCCUCAGCCAGUCCGAACCGGGCCCCAGCGCCGGCCCAGGGGAGCCUGAGGCGCUCACGUCGUCGCAGCAGCCGCCGCCACCCCAGCCGCCGCCGCCUAGCGCCCCGCCGGGCCCUGGAGGCCCCCGGGCCCGAGACGUGGCCCAGUACCUGCUGUCCGACAGCCUGUUCGUGUGGGUCUUGGUAAAUACUGCUUGCUGUUUCUUGAUGUUGGUGGCCAAGCUAAUCCAGUGUGUUGUAUUUGGUCCUCUUCGAGUUAGUGAGAGGCAGCACCUAAAGGACAAGUUUUGGAAUUUUAUCUUCUACAAGUUCAUUUUCAUUUUUGGUGUGCUGAAUGUCCAGACAGUAGAAGAAGUGGUGAUGUGGUGUCUCUGGUUUGCGGGGCUUGUAUUUCUUCAUCUGAUGGUACAGCUGUGCAAAGACAGGUUUGAAUAUCUUUCAUUUUCUCCCACCACACCAAUGAGCAGCCAUAUUCGAGUGCUGACUCUUCUGAUUGCUAUGCUACUCUCCUGCUGUGGAUUAGCUGUUGUCUGCUGUGUGACAGGCUACACCCAUGGAAUGCACACAUUGGCCUUCAUGGCUGCAGAGUCUCUCCUUGUGACAGUGAGGACUGCUCAUGUGAUUUUACGUUAUGUAAUUCACCUCUGGGAUCUCAAUCAUGAAGGGACAUGGGAAGGAAAGGGAACUUACGUAUAUUAUACGGAUUUUGUCAUGGAGCUCACUUUGUUGUCCCUGGACCUCAUGCACCAUAUUCAUAUGUUGUUGUUUGGCAACAUCUGGUUGUCCAUGGCCAGCUUGGUGAUCUUUAUGCAGCUACGUUAUCUGUUCCAUGAGGUACAGCGCCGAAUACGUCGCCACAAGAAUUACUUGCGUGUUGUUGGAAAUAUGGAGGCCAGGUUUGCAGUUGCAACUCCUGAAGAAUUAGCUGUCAAUAAUGAUGACUGUGCCAUCUGCUGGGACUCCAUGCAGUCUGCAAGGAAACUGCCUUGUGGACAUCUCUUUCAUAACUCCUGCCUCCGAUCUUGGCUUGAACAGGAUACCUCCUGUCCAACCUGCAGAAUGUCUCUGAAUAUUGCUGAUAAUAAUCGAAUCAGAGAAGACCAGCAAGGGGAGAACUUGGAUGAGAAUUUGGUGCCUGUGGCAGCAGCUGAAGGCCGACCUCGCCUAAACCAGCAUAACCACUUCUUCCACUUUGAUGGUUCCCGGAUUGCUAGCUGGCUGCCCAGUUUUUCAGUGGAAGUGAUGCAUACCACCAAUAUCCUUGGUAUUACUCAAGCAAGCAAUUCUCAACUUAAUGCAAUGGCUCAUCAGAUUCAAGAAAUGUUUCCCCAGGUUCCAUACCAUCUGGUUCUACAGGAUUUACAACUGACACGUUCAGUUGAAAUAACAACAGAUAAUAUUUUAGAGGGUCGAAUUCAAGUACCUUUCCCUGCACAGCGUCCAGACAGCCUUAGACCUGCAUUGAAUAACUCUGCAGAAAGGUCAAGUGGUGACCAAGAAGAGAACGAAAUCUCUGCCCAGGUUGAGCGUGGGCCCCUUGACCUAAGUCCCAGGUUGGAGGAGAUGUCAGACUUGAGUGAGGUGGAAGCUGAGCCCAAUGAGGUAGAGGACUUUGAAGCCCGAGGGAGCCGCUUCUCCAAGUCAGCUGAUGAACGCCAGCGAAUGUUAGUACAGCGGAAGGAUGACUUGCUGCAGCAAGCUAGAAAACGUUACUUAAACAAAACUUCUGACGAUGACCCAGCCUCAGAGAGCUGUCUACUCUCCGAGAGCCCAUCCUCUGAUCCUGUGACCCAACGCCGUAGGAUGUUGGCUGCUGCUGCUGAACGAAGACUUCAGAUGCAGCAGAACUCCUAGCGUUCUCUUUUGCCCUCCUCUGCCACCUCCUCAUGAGAAGUGUGCUGAGCUGCUGUACUUCAUCCCAGCAGGAAGAGGCCUUUCCCCGUUCUGCCAGCUAUGUGGAGGAGUGGGCUUGACUGCAUUGCCGCUGUAUUAAGCAUGUGGUCUUACUAGUGUUUGGACAGCUGACAAAUUUAAUCUUUUUUUGUAAUAUUUUCUAUGUGAUACUUCUCCAGUUCCUUUGCCCUCUCUGGAAAAAAAAAAGCCAAUUUUAAUUUUAGACAUUAUUGUCUCUGCUGGCACUGACUAAACUGCCAGGUUGGGUUGGAAUAGCAAGGGGUGGUCUGGAGGCCCAGUAGCAGGCAACUUAAAUACUGUUUUAUGCAUAGGUCACUGAAGGUACUAGUGUCUUAGCUCAAAAUCUGGCAAGGGACAUGCACAGAAAAAUUCAUAGAAUGCUUCCUGGAUCAGUUAGCAAGCCUCUACUUACCACAGAGGCAUUCCUUAUAUUAUUGCAAAUGCCACCCCCACAUCAGUUCUCCCUCCUAGGAAAAGGGGAGGACAUGUGGGGAAUCAUGGGAAAUGAGUUCUUGGUGUAGCAGUGGAAACAAGGGGUAGUUGAGCUACAUUACAUGAUUGAAAAAUGAAAAUAAAUAGCCUGCUUUUUGCAGGGAAGUAACCCCCCAUUUGGCCCAGCCCAUCAGUAGUUUAACCUUUAUACAUACACCCCCUUGUCCUAAGCUGGUUUUAUUUCCGUUAACUCUGGUGCUGCGUCCCUUGUGCGUAAAUACAUGUAUCCUUUCAUUUUCCCUCUGCAUUUCAUUGCCACCUUUAGAUGUUGGAAAGGUCAGCACUAAAAGGGUUAAACAGUGAGCACUGGUUUGAAUUUUUUAUUCAGUGUUACAGUAUGUUUGGUAAUUGGAAAGUCUGUGGGUUUGGUCCUUGGAGUGGCAAAAGACAUAGGUCUAGUAAAUGAGACAGUCUUUAUCAUAGGCCUUUAUUGAAAAAAUAAAGAAAACUUUGGUGUCUUGAAUCCUUCAUUUUGGUAACUUUGCUCCAGUUAGUUUAAUUACACUUAGAUGGGUAAGAAGUUUAGAACACCUGCCUUCAUAGUAGGUCUGAUUCCCCUUUUCAAGUCCUUUACACAUUGAAUGUUAAAAGAUCUGAAACACAAUCAUAGGUUACACCUUUCAGUUUGUCCCAGUCUAGUAAUUUUUAAAAAUUACUUUAAGAAACAUAAUCUUAACACAAUCCUUUUGGGAAGAAUCCAGUAUUAUCUAGAAUUAUUGGCAAAGUUAAAUAUUUUGCUGUUUUUUGUUUUUUUUUUUAAUGGCAAGUUUUUAGGUUGUUUAAAGAUAAUUGGGAAAAGGGUGGAAGAAUAAAUAUGUAGGCAGAGAUAAUUUAUUUCAAUAAAAUUUCAAAAGCCUUACCUUGCAGUGCUGUUUAGUAAGAAUUUGGAAACUGCUGUGAUUUUUUUUUUGCUGAGAGCAUAGUUAUUUGUUUCUGUUUUUAUUGUUAAAUAAUAAAAAGCGAUUUCUUCUGGG